AUGCCCAAGAGAAAGGCUGAAGGGGAUGCUAAAGGAGAUAAAGCCAAGGUGAAGGACGAACCACAGAGAAGAUCUGCCAGGUUAUCAGCUAAACCUGCUCCUCCAGAGCCAGAGCCCAAGCCUAAGAAGGCCCCUGCAAAGGAGGGAGAGAAGGUACCGAAAGGGAAAAAGGGGAAAGCUGAUGCUGGCAAAGAUGGGAAUAACCCUGCAGAAAAUGGAAACCCCAAAACAGCCCAGGCACAGCAAGCCGAAGGUGCUGGAGAUGCCGAGUGA